AUGCAUAUCCUCGUAACCAAUGACGACGGGCCGCCGGCCACCAGCUCUUCGCCGUACGUCCACAGCCUGGUGCGCGCCCUGCAGAAGGCCGGCCACACCGUGAGCGUCAUCCUGCCCGCCUCGCAGCGCUCCUGGAUCGGCAAGGCCCACAUGAUCGGUCAGACCGUGAAGCCCAAGUACUACCGUCCGCCGCCCGUCUUCGACCCGCGCCUCGAAGCCCCCCAACAUCAGGGCUCUACCCACAGCCGGCCGGCCAAGUCAAAGGACGUGGAGGAGUGGAUCCUUGCCGACGGCACCCCGGCGAGCUGUGCGCAGCUCGGCUUGUACCACUUCUUCAACGACAAGGGCCCCGUUGAUCUGGUGGUCAGCGGGCCCAACUACGGGCGGAAUACCACAGCUGUAUUUGGCCUGUCUUCGGGGACACUCGGUGCGGCGCUCGAGGCCGCCGUGUGUAGGCGGAAGGCCAUUGCGCUCAGCUAUGCUUUUUUCAAGGGGAAGCACGACCCGCAUUACCCGUCAUUCAUUGAACAGGCGAGCGAGCACAGCGUCAAGGUGAUCGAGAAGCUCUAUGCCCAAUGGCCGACGGACAAGAGUGUUGACCUGUACACGGUCAACGUGCCUCUGAUGGACGGCGUGGGUAAGAAGAAGGUCAUGUUUGCGGAGAUGCUGCAAAAUUACUGGGCGGAGGGCCACGCCUGCUUCCAGGAGGUGGAAGGGAGCAUCGGCGAUGAGGAAGAGGAGGAAAUGAAAAUUAGGGAAGCUGAGGUCCGAUCAGAAGACCGAGCUGCUGAGAAUGUUGAGGAGGACUCACGCUAUCCACACAGGCACUUCAAGUGGGCGCCUCAGCAGAUGAUUGAGAAUGUAAACCACAGCAUAACCGAGGGCAGGCAAGGCAGUGAUGGAUGGGUGGUCAUGCAGGAGAUGACAAGCGUCACACCGAUGAAGGCCAACUUCUGGCACGCAGCAACGCACCUGCAUGGAACAGAGUUGACAUUGGACACGAUCGAGCCAGAAAGUUCGCAACCCUCCAGUGAGAUAGCUCUCCCUCAUAGGUCGAAGGACCACUUCCACGCACUCAUAGACUACGAAGACCCCUACGUACAACCUCUGAUCUUGUCUGCCUUCAAGAAGGCAUUUCCCCCGGAAUCAUAUACCAUGCUAUCUCCACCAAAAGGAUCAGAGACGGAGCAAUCUGAAAUUUCACUCGCAAAGCUUCUCCCAUUCCUGGAUACUCGAGUUCUGCAGAUUUCGCCGUACGAGGCGAUUGACUGGGAGUUCGUAUCGGAGCAUGAGUCCACCUGCCUGGUCAACAGUUACAUGUUACGGAAAGCUUUGAUCAGGAAGCACUACCUUGGCUCUACAGUUGAGAAUUGGGUUGCGAAGCGACCCGAUUCAGUUUUGAAGACCCAUGUGAAACGAGGCGAGGCAUUCGAGCUCGACUACGCCGAGUUCCUCGACGACGCGUUGGUAGAAGCCUUCGACCUGAGAGCAAGUUUAGAGCGGAACGAGGAGUGUGACGAUCAAAGGCCAGAGCAGGAGAACAAUAAGGAGUGGUGGAUCUUGAAGCCUGGCAUGAGUGAUCGUGGGCAGGGUAUCCGCCUUUUUAGUACGAUGGAGGAGCUACAGGAAAUCUUUGACGAAUGGGAGGCAGAGCGCCCAGACAGUGACGACGAAGAUGAAGAUGCAGACGAGAACGUCGAAGGUUCGCAGACUCACGGGAACAAUGAAGAAGGCGGCGACUACAUCACAACCUCGCACCUAAGGCACUUCGUCGCACAACCCUACAUACACCCGCCCCUCCUGCUCCCGAGCUCCAACAACCGCAAGUUCCACAUUCGGACAUACGUGCUCUGCGUCGGUAGCCUGGACGUCUACGUCUACAGAGAGAUGCUUGCGCUCUUCGCCGGCAAGCCCUACGUGGCACCAUGGGAGCAGGGCGGCGACGACUUGGAAGGGCAUCUCACAAACACCUGCCUACAACGUUCAGUGAGCGACGGUACGGUGCGGAAAUUCUGGGAUUUGGAGCUUCCGUCAUCAUCGUCACCCUCCUCCGUGGCAGAACUGCCCUCGAAGGAGCAUAUCUUCGACCAAAUCUGCGCCGUGACGGGCGAGGUCUUCGAGGCGGCCGCCCGCGGCAUGAUGAUGCACUUCCAGCCGCUGCCCAACGGCUUCGAGGUGUACGGGCUGGACUUCCUGGUCGAUGCCGCCGGCACACCCUGGCUGCUCGAGGUCAACGCGUUCCCGGAUUUCAAACAGACGGGCGACGAACUUCAGGGGCUCGUGGCGCAGCUCUGGGAGGGUGUCAUGGGGGUCGCUGCGCGGAGGUUCUUCGGUCGGGCGGAAGGAGAGCGCGGAUCAGGGGCGGCAGAUACGGACAGGAAGGAGGAGGAGGCCUCGGGGCUGGUGCACGUCAGGAAUGUUGACUUGGGACGCCGAUGGGGGUCGUGA